CAAAUUUAUCAGUUUGCUGCGUAAUUUCUAUAUUCUUUGUUACAUGUGUAUGCUAUUUAUUACUUAAAAAAUAAUAUAAGCCAUAUUUAACAUAAUGUAUGUGCAUUUUAAGUAUACUAAUACAUUUGGCUGAUAAAAACAAAUUUAUCAAUCAUUUACGUGACCUAUCAAUUCCAAUGGAUCAUCAAUCAAGUCGCGUUCAAACCAUUCAUAAAGAUUAUCUGGAAAGAAUGAAAGAACAUCGAACAAAAAUGUUAACUGAAGCUAAAAUAUCACCUCAUUUAUUUAAGACUCAUUCCCAAGUAAUUAAGAAAGAUGAGAAAUUGCUGAAAAAGAACAUUUUUUACCAUGAAGGUUUCAAGAUAGUCAGAGCAAUGUCGUUGGCAUUAUUGAUAUUGAUUUUGUGUUAUUAUGGAUCAACGGAAUACAGUGUUUUGCAGAAUGGGCAGAUUCUUCGUGGUUUCCCCUCCAGAAAGGCUGUCUUGACAUUUAGUUUCGGCUAUUCCAUCUCACGCACCACACUAUCUGUAGUUACAGUUGGCAUGCUUAUUUAUUCCAUUUUAAUGAAGCAGCCGCAACUUAGUUUGCCUUUCAUAGGCUUCUUUUUAGCCGAGUUGGUGUGCGAUUUCUGUGAUGUGAUUAUAAUGAUCUGGUAUUUCUUCGAACAUCUUCAAAUACAAACUGCGUUAGUUUAUACUGCAGGACUUCUUCUGUUGCUUUUGGCAGAAGUAUGGACAUGGCUGGAUAUUGUGUGGCUCUACGAACAUCGAAACUUCAAAAUAUGCUAAACAAUGAUGAUAAA